AUGCCGCCAAAGUCCAAGAAACGUGCCAGCAAAGCUGACGACUACGACUCCGAUGGUGGCUUUGUCGAAGACGCUCCCCAGUCUAAGCGCGCCAAAAAGGGUCAGCCAAUCUCUAAAGACAAGCAAGUUGACGAAGAUGGCAAUCCUUAUUGGGAGCUCUCUGGGAAGCGCCGUGUUACCCUGUCUGAAUUCAAGAAAGUCCAUCUGAUCAACAUCCGGGAGUACUACGAGAAAGAUGGUCAGAUGCUUCCAGGAAAGAAAGGCAUCUCGAUGACCCUAGAGCAAUUCUCGGCUUUCCUCGAGGUCCUUCCUGAACUUGAAGAUGCUCUCAAGGAGAAGGGUCAAGAGCUUCCUCGCCCAAACUACGGUCUAGACGCUACCACUCAAGAGCCUGCAUCGGAGCCAGACGAAGCGGAGGUUAAGCCAAGCGAUGUCGAAGCAGAAGCCGAUGCUGUUUUAUCUUCCAGCAAGCUUGACAAGUUCAAGUACGGGAAGCAGAACCACGAGGCAACGAGCGAUGAAGAGGAUUGA